GCCGAUCAGGCCGAUAAGAUGUCCAGUCGGCGAAAAGCGUGUAAUGAUUGUAAACAGCAAAAGCUUCGAUGUGACCUUACCUCUGCCCAAGUUUUAACGGUUUCGGAUUAUUGUAGCCGGUGCAGACGCCUCGGACUUGCUUGUAGAAUUGACGAUGGCUUUCGUCGAACUAGAAAACGAAGGCAACCAACGGACCUGGAAAGUGAAAUACAGAGCUUACGAGAGCAGUUGCGAGCCAGCCAGAGCAACACAUCAACCUCAUCCCAGCAUAACGGAACCGACUGGCCCGUUCCAGCACCCGUUGGGACACCUGGUGUCGUGUUUAAUACCCUGAACCAGACCGAUAUUGGCCUUAAUUUCUCCCCAGUGAGACCCGAUUCUACACCUGUAUCUAUAGAUUUCCCAGAUGCCACAACUAAUGAUGCGGAUCUGCAAUGUCUCACCACUCGUCCUGAGGAGAUUGACGAAUUAUUCAAUAUCACAAAUCCCUUCGUUGCACCUUACCAAUCUAUUGCCUUCCGGCUUAGGUACAUCAAGCACAACCAUCCUUACCUUCCUCUCAUCGCCGAGAAGAAAAGCCCCCACGAAUACUAUGAAAGAUCGGACCUGCUGUUCUGGGUGAUUAUGGCCGUGGCAGCAAGACGGCACAAAUCGCAGCCAACUCUCCUACCCAGACUGGCUAGAAAUGUGACGGACCUGUUGUGGAAAACCCUGCGGUCUAUGUCACACUCCAUCUCGACCAUUCGUGCGCUAUGUCUCUUGUGUACUUGGCCAUUUCCCACAAGCAGCAGCACGUCAGACCCUACGUUUAUGCUUGUGGGUAUCAUGCUCCAAAUGAGUACACAGAUGGGUCUUCAUUGUGCCUUCGAUGCUCAAGACUUUGCCAAAGUUCCACUGAAGCUUGAUACGUCCGAGUAUUCCGAAUGGGUGCAGACUUGGGAGGCCUGUAACAUUGUAGCCAUCAGUGUGAGCAUUGGUUGCGGCCUACCGCUAUUUUCCCAGGUGUACGAGUCUCCAUCAGCAAGUCAGUUUGAAUCCUCUUCAUCUGAGUCACCUUUUUAUUUGCGCCUUCAAAUAGAACGGUUCAGGCUUCGUGUCUCCUUAUCGUUGGCGAGACCUAUGCCGACAGGUGGCGAGGGCGCUCUGACGCGUGAACGAUCCAUGAUGUAUCAUCUACUGAACUUGGAUUUGGAUGAGCUUGAGAAGGAAUGUUCUGGGUCAUGCGACACCGAGGCUUGGUAUCUCCUGGCUGCAAGACUCCAUCUUCAGGCAUUCUACCUUUUCGAUCAUUUUGCAAUGGAGGGCUACAAAGACCGGAUUGUGGGACUUUUCUCCACAGCCUACAAUCUCGUGGACCUCGGCCAACGGCUUAAUGCAAGACUUCAAGGCUUUUUCAAUCACUGCCCUUUCUUUUGCUACCAGACAUAUGUCAACGCUGCAUUUGUGCUGCUCAAAAUUCUUACCAAUGGGUUUUUUAACCCCAUCGUAGAUGCCAAGGCUGGUAAACAACUUCUUGAGUCUUCCAUCACAGGCCUUCGGCAGAUGAGUGUUGCGAACAACGAUCUACCUGCUCGUCUAGGUGAUAUCAUCGGCUUCUUUUGCGCCCUUCCCGAUCCCGCAGUUGUCGGAGGUGUCACGCUCAUAGAUUUGCAGUUAAAACAAGUCAGGAAUAGGCUAAGACGAUAUCAGCCAGUACCCGAGGGGCAUGGAAGCACCAUGUCUUUGGAGACCUCCGGCCGUAUACUUGUCUCUUCGAAAACUGUGUUGAAUCAAACACCGACUUUGAUCGACGCCAUCGGUGGCAACUUCACAUCUCCCAGUAUCACUGGCGCACAUGGUCUUAUCCAUUCAAGUGCGGAAGCAUGUUCCCGUCUGCGGUCGAACUGGGGGAUCUCGUUCGCCAUCACUACCUACAAAACGCGAGCGACGAGCAUCUCAGCACCGUCGUGGCUCGCGGCGAGCGGCCCCCAUUCUAUGGCUGUCGGACACGAUGGUGAAGGCGACGUCACCGCUGGCGAGAUGCCAGACGGCGAAGCUCCCAGGCCAUCAGCCGCCUCUCCUAUCUCUUCUGGUGAACCUGUAAUCGAGUCAGGUCGAAUGAAGUUCGAUGAAGAACUCAAAGCCAUGAUAAAUGAUCGGCCGAUCGAUACACGCUGUGCUCGCAGGCAUCUAUCUCUUGAGACAUCGCGGACGUUCAAUGUUGACUUCGACUUCGACGCGGACCCCGAUUGCGUCUUGGUGGAGCGGUGGGUGCCCAAGUGUGAACAAGGCCUGAUGUUGAAGCACACGAAUGCAUCCGUGAGAAACGGGUCAAAAAUCAGCUGGAGGAGACGCCAAGCCGGAGGGUCGUCAAUUAACAAACCCUUAGCAGACUCCAGCAACCCCAGGAAACUCAAGCCGGAAGGUGAUAUUGGAAGUCUAUCAGGAAACCUAUCCAAUGAUUCCGAAGACUACCAUGACAGUGCCGGCGGGCACAUCACCAGUAAUGCACGUCGCCUGCGAAGAAGAGUACAGGGCACCAGCUUAGCCUUCCAUGACCCUCCACCUGAUACAAAACUCGGUGAACAGCAACCUGAAGGGGGAGUCUCUGAGAACGUUUCAGGACACUUGCCCACUAACGAUGAAGAGGUUGAUGAGGAAUCCUUACUUCUUCGCAGGGAGCAGCUUCGACGUUUGCAGAAGACGCAACGCCGCGCGCUAUCCUUCUAG